AUGGCGCGACCCCUCGACGCCCUGCCAGCAGAAGUGCUCCUGCGCGUAUUUUCAUUCCUAGAGGUCCCAGAUCUACUGCAAGUGAGUCGCACAUGUCAUGCGCUCCGCGACAUCGCCUGCGAUCCUUUACUGCACCUUGAGCGGCUUCACGAUGCGUCCCAUACCUUGUCUAUCACCCUCGCGCGACGGCCCAGGAAGUCCUCCAUCAGCCCGCCCAAUUCCUGGAUCUGGCUAAGCAAGACCAAUGUCCUGUCUCGUCAGAUAAGCAAGAGCCUCGUCCGCAUCCGUCUCAGUCACAGCCUCGAACAUAGACCGAGCCCGCGCCAACUGGUUGAAAGAGCCAUUCUCCCUUCCUCGUGCACAGGUUAUUGGUCGCCGGUGUCGCCUGCUCUGAUACAGUCACAACAAGCCAUCCAAAGACGGAGAUUGAUGGACGGCCUGGGGCGCAAGUUGGAGAGGAGACCUAGCAUGCAUAGUCUGGUGUCUCUCAACAUUCUGCCGGAAGAAUGUGCCCGUCGGAGUGUAUCUCCGGCCAUCGUGGCUACGCGCAGGAAAGUGAUACGAGAAAGCUUGAAGGACGGUCUACGAGCUUGGGUGGAGGGUCGUGCGAUACAGGCACAGAAGAGGAAAGCGGACGAGGCGGAGGCCUCCGAGAAGAUCACAGUAAAGACCCUGGUACGGAGAUUCGGUGCUAGGAAGCUUCUCCAAGAGAUGGCAGAGAAUGUCGAUUCUGUAAGUCUGGAGAAGAGGAAGGCGCAAGCAAGAUGGGGAAGGGAGGUUGAACUGGCGCGGAAGGACGAAGAGAAGAGAGCCGCAUCGACCGGCGCUUGUGCUCAUCCCACCAGAGCACAUGUUCUGGGACUCCGGAAGUUUUGGGAGGGGGUAAUUCGAGCAGCAGGGUGA